UGUGACGUCGUUUCCGUCCCUCUUCCCAAUAAAAAUCCUCCACCGCCUCCCGGGAGAAAGCCAAGUGUAAGAGGGGGAGACGGAUCAGUCCAGUAGGUUCGAUUGCUCACCACGGAACUUUCCCCCCAGCAAACUACUCACCAUCCCCAAAACCCUAACCCCUCCAAAAUUCGCGUUGCUCCAUCGGCAAUGGAGGCAGAUGACGAGAUUUACGCCAAUGGUGGCGACGAUACUGGCCGUACAAGGCCGAUUGUUAGUGGCGAGCAGCUCGACAUCGAAGCCUAUGCCGGGUUAUACUCCGGGAGGACUAAGAUAACGCGGCUCAUCUUCAUCGCCGUCCACUGCGGGAACCCAUCGAUGGAGAAGGAAGCGCUGAGGAUGGCCUACGACGAGAUCAAGAAAGGCGAGAAUACCCAGCUGUUUCGGGAAGUUGUGCAGAAGAUCGACGACAGGCUCGGCCCUAACUACGGCAUGGACAAUGCCUGGUGUGAGACGGUGGAUCGCAGAGCUGAGCAGAGGAAGGAGAAGCUCGAGAAUGAACUCAAUGCGUACCGGACAAAUUUGAUAAAGGAAAGCAUUAGAAUGGGAUACAACGAUUUUGGAGAUUUCUAUUAUGCUCAUGGUGCACUUGGCGAUGCUUUUAAGAGUUACAUUCGCACUCGAGAUUAUUGUACAACGUCAAAGCACAUUAUCCACAUGUGUAUGAGUGCCAUUCUUGUGAGCAUCGAGAUGGGGCAGUUUUCUCAUGUUUCAAGUUAUGUCAGCAAAGCAGAACAGACACCUGAAGCACUUGACCCUACCACAAUCGCAAAGUUAAAGUGUGCCUCUGGUUUGGCGCAUCUAGAUAUGACUAAGUACAAGCUUGCUGCUCGAAAGUUUCUGGAAGUGGGUCCUGAGUUGGGAAAUUCUUACAAUGAAGUUAUUGCACCCCAAGACGUUGCAACAUAUGGUGGGCUUUGUGCACUUGCAAGUUUUGACCGGACAGAGCUAAAGAGCAAGGUAAUCGACAAUCUCAACUUCCGGAACUUCUUGGAAUUAGUUCCUGAAGUGAGAGAGCUGAUCAAUGAUUUCUACUCGAGCCGUUAUGCUUCUUGUCUGGACUAUUUGACAAAUCUGAAAACAAACCUGCUGCUGGAUGUGCAUUUGCAUGAUCACGUCGAGAAAUUGUAUGAUCAAAUUCGAAACAAGGCUCUUAUUCAGUACACACACCCGUUUGUGUCUGUUGACUUGAACAUGAUGGCUAAUGCUUUCAAAACAACUGUCGCGGGGCUAGAGAAGGAACUUGCAACAUUGAUCACUGACAAUCAAAUCCAGGCUCGUAUAGACUCGCACAACAAAAUUCUAUAUGCACGUCAUGCAGAUCAGAGGAAUGCCACCUUCCAACGAGUUCUUCAGACUGGCAGUGAAUUCGACAGGGAUGUUAGGGCAAUGCUCCUGAGGGCAAAUCUCGUCAAACAUGAACACAGUGCUAGGACCAACAGGAAGCUUUAAAAUAUUGUUAUAUUCUUGUUUCCCCCUUGGGUGGAGCUGGCCAAGGACGGGCUCUAGUUAUGGAUUUACCAUCAAUAUCUUUGAUUAUUCUUUCUUUUGGGUGAAAUUCUUGGCCAUCAGAAUGGAAAAUUUGUAGUGUGUGUGACCUGGUAAUUUUGUACAUACCUUGGGACUGGUAGUCGUUAGUUAGUUUUAAAAUUUCUCUGCUCACAAUUUCUCCUAGUUUAUUGGACCUUUGCGUUAUUGCGUUGCUUCAGAUUGGUUAAUCGUUUCGUUUCCAAC